AUGUCAACAGACAGCAAGCGUGUGAUGGAAACAGGUAGCUUCGGCAGUUCGGCGAGCUACGGGCCCGUGCGCGUUGAGGCGCUGGCGAUGCGCGGCGGCGAGCGGCGCGGUGGCGGACGCAGCGGCGGGCGCGGCGGCCGGCGCGGCGCGCGAGUUGCGCACGGCGGGACCGCGACGUCGCCUUGUCCGCGUUGUGGUGCUCAGUGUACUGAUGUAGGUUCAUGUCCAGCUAUUUCGGUGAAAUGCUAUGUGUGCGGUAACUACGGUCAUUACGCUAGGAUGUGCAAAUGUAAAAAUAGUGUUAAAAACAUGUAUGAAAUAGAAGUGAAUACAGAAAAAUCUGAUAAUGAUGAUUACAUCACAGAACUCUCUUUUGACCGCAACAAUGAUAUAUUAGGUUAA